AUGGCAGACAAAUCCGACACCAAAAUACUCAUCUCCACGAGCAUUGUGGUCUUCCUAUCCGGCUUCCUACUGGGCAUGUACUCGGUGCGAGGGUACCUAUUCAUCUCUCCGUCCCUAGCCUCCCAGCGCCAAAGCAACCUUAACGACCCCCUCGAGAGCGAAGAGUCCGAUAUCGACGAAGGCGAUACAAUCCUCGACCAUGCGCCUAACUGGGCCAACGGCGAGGACGCCGAUCGAAGAGACGGUCUCAAGGCCUCUAAGCCGCAGAAGGCAAAGAAGACUCCCAAGGACAAGGCAAAGGACAAGGCGGACAGUGCUCAGCCUCAACAAACAGUAGCCGAAGGGUCUGCAAACGAGGAGUGCAAGCUAGUCCUGGUUGUGCGGACAGAUUUAGGCAUGACAAAAGGUAAAAUAGCAGCACAAUGCUCCCAUGCUACCCUGGCAUGCUAUAAGACCCUCACCCGCGCCGCCCAACGAACCCCCUCAUCAGCCGAAGCACGACUCUUACAGCGCUGGGAACGCCGGGGACAAGCCAAGAUCGCCGUACAGGUGAAGUCAGAGGCCGAGCUACUGGAUCUGAUGGGUAAGGCGCGCAGCCUAGGCAUCACAGCCGAGGUCAUCCAGGACGCCGGCCGUACCCAGAUAGACCCCGGCAGCCUAACAGUCCUAGGCGUUGGGCCCGCUCCCAAAAGUCUUGUUGAUAAGGUCACUGGUGGCCUCAAGUUGUUAUAA